CCCUAAAAACCACCCAGCAGCCAAAAAUGGGUCGAAAAGCUAAAGGAAAACACAGGUUAGACAAAUACUACAAUCUAGCCAAAGAACACGGCUACAGAUCACGUGCAGUUUGGAAAAUCAUCCAAAUCGAUUCAAAAUACCCUGUCUUCCGCUCAGCACACGCCGUUCUCGAUCUUUGCGCCGCCCCAGGUGGGUGGAUGCAAGCUGCAGUCGAAAGGGCACCUGCCGGGAGCUUAAUUAUCGGUGUUGACCUUGACCCGAUUCGGGCCAUUCGCGGGGCGAUUGCGGUCCAAGAAGAUAUAACAAGUAACAAAUGUAGAGCAACUGUUAAGAGGUUGAUGAAUGAAAAUGGAGUCAAAGCUUUUGACUUGAUAUUGCAUGAUGGGUCACCUAAUGUUGGUGGUGCUUGGGCUCAAGAAGCUACUAGUCAGAAUUCGCUUGUUAUCGAUUCCGUGAAAUUAGCUUCUGAGUUGCUGGCGCCUAAAGGGAACUUUGUUACCAAAGUUUUUAGGUCAAGGGAUUACAGUGCAGUCCUAUAUUGUCUUAGACAGUUAUUUGAAAAGGUCGAGGUGGAUAAACCACUUGCCAGUCGCUCGACGUCUGCUGAAAUUUAUUGCAUAUGUCUAAAUUACAAGGCCCCUGCAAAGAUAGAUCCCCGUCUUUUUGAUGUUAGGCAUCUAUUUCAGGGAGGCAAAGAGGCCCCAAAGGUUCUUGAUGUACUUAGAGAUCCGAAACAGAAGAGACAUCGUGAUGGGUAUGAAGACGGUGACACGACUUUGAGGAAAACUUCUUCAGCUACAGACUUUAUCUGGUCAAAUGCUCCUCUUGAUGUUCUUGGUACUGUUGGAUCUAUAACCUUUACAGAUGCCACUUGUCUGCCUAUCAGGGAUCAUGCAUUGACUACAGAGGAGGUUAAGGCACUAUGUGAUGACUUGCGUGUUUUAGGGAAGCAAGACUUUAAGCAUUUGCUGAAGUGGCGUAUCCAUAUCAGAAAGGCAUUGUCUCCAGAAAAGGAAACUCCUAAACCUGCAGAUGUUGAACCUGAAACCAAAGUUGAUGAAGACGAGGAUGAUGAUGGACUGAAAGAAAUGGAGGAGUUGACAAAUGCUAUGUUGCGGAAGAAAAAACAGGCCAAAAAGAUUCUUGCAAAACGCAAAGCUAAGGAUAAAGCAAGGAAAGCAACUGGUAUGCAGAGUGAUGUAAUGGAAGAUGGUUAUACUGAUAUUGAGUUAUUUUCUCUAUCAUCUAUCAAGGGAAAGAAAGAUUUGGUAGCCGUUGAUAACACCGAAGAUGACGGUGCAAUUAAUGAUAUAGUAGAUAGUGAUGAUGAGGGAGGCCAAGUCGGUUCUCAAGAUGAGGAAGACAGCGAUAUAGAUUCUGACGAAGAGCGUCGAAGGUAUGAUGAGAAGAUGGAGCAGUUAUUGGAUGAAGCAUAUGAGCAAUAUGUAGCCAAGAAAGAAGGAAGCACAAAGCAGAGAAAGCGAUUAAAGCAAAAGCACUCUGAGGAUGGUGAACUUCUUGAGGGUGACGAGGAUGAUGAUGAUGCCCUUCUUCCAGAUGAAGACUCAGACAAUGAUCAGCGUGAUCAAGAAUCCAAUCCUCUAAUGAUACCUCUUGACAAUGACGAACCAACUGAGGAAGAAAUAGCUGCAAAAUGGUUUAGCCAAGAUGUCUUUGAUGACGGUGAUGAACAAGAAGAUACAAAAAUGGAUGUGAGUGAAGAUGAUGAAGACGAGAUGCAAGUAGAUAACAAGCCAGAUGACCAAAUCAUGGUCCCUAAGAAGCCGACAUCAAAAAACAAAGCGAAAAAACCUCAGUCCUCUCUGCCUGCACCUAGCGAGGAUUUUGAGGUUGUCCCUGCUACACAGGCAGAUUCUAGUGACGAUUCAUCGUCAGAUGAAUCAGAAUAUGAUGUAGAAACAAAAGCUGAAAUAUUGGCAUUGGCGAAGAAAAUGCUUAAAAAAAAGGAUAGAGAAGAGAUGAUUGAUGAUGGUUACAACAAGCGAUUGUUUGAUGAUGGUUCUGGAUUACCCAAAUGGUUUGUAGAUGACGAGAAGAAACACAUGCAGCCCUUGAAACCCAUAACAAAAGAAGAGGUUAAUGCAAUGAAAGCUCAAUUCAGAGAGAUUAAUGCCCGACCUGCCAAGAAGGUGGCCCAAGCAAAGGCCCGAAAGAAGCGGGAUGCAAUGAGGAAGAUGGAGAAGGUUCGAAAGAAGGCCAACACUAUUGCCGAUCAAGCAGAUAUCAAUGAUCGAUCCAAGAUGAAGAUGAUUGAUUCACUAUAUAAGAAGGCGGUUCCUGUGAGACCAAAGAAAGAGUUGGUGGUUGCAAAGAAAGGGGUACAAGUUAAAACAGGUAAAGGGAAAGUACUUGUGGAUAGGAGGAUGAAGAAGGAUCUGAGGAAACAUGGAAUGAAAAAGGAAAAGGAAAGAAGCAAGAAAGGUGGGAAAGGAAAAAAAGGUAUGCCCAAGGGUAAAGCGGGAAGAAAUGAAAGUAAAGGAUCCGGUCCAGCUAAGGGCAGGACAGGAAGAAAGUGAACUUUACCCGCCCAGGGAUAGAAGAGAUUAAUGUUGAAGUUAUAGACUUACAGCAAUAUGGAGAUAAUGGUUUAGUUCUUCGUAAAGAAGAUUUUUGAAGUUAAAUAUUGUUGUGUUUUGAUUUUAGAUUUUAUAACUUCGUUUGAAGGAUAUUUAUAUUUUAGCAACUGGAGACUAUAUACUUGUAUUUUAUUAUUUAACAUUCUCCUAUUUCUACCA